GUGUUCAUUGCAAACUUCAUUUUUGACAAUUCUAUAUUAGAGAUUUUGUGAAGAGUUUGAUUUAAGAUAUUUUUAUCUAAAUUUUAAUUAAAAACUUUAACCACAUCCAUAGAAUACAUAAGCUUGAUUUAAUUUCUCAGAAAACAUAAAGAUAAUCGCACACCAAUCACGCUCCUCUGCACCCACAAUGGCCAAAACCGACGAAGAGAAAAUUGUCGAAAUAAUCACCGCCACCGAAGAAGUGGCCGAUGAGAUUCUGGUCAAUAAGCAGGAGUUGGUUGCGCUGGACAAACGACGACAAUACACACGAGAAGCCAUCAGAGAGAUUGAGAAAAACUGCCCCGAUGAGAAGAAGCUGUGGAUCACUCUUGGAAGCACAUUGGUGAAGAUGGAACGGAACAAAGCAUUGGAAUUGUUGAAAAAUGAUCAAGUUGUGAUCGCAGCUGAAAUCAAUAAAAUUCGAUCAGACCAAAAGAUUCUAGUGAACAAGCAUCGAGAUCUGGAACAAUUGUCUCCGUAUUCGGGAGCCAAUUUGAAACCCAUGGAUAAGAAAGACUUUGAUGCUUUAAAAGCUAAUUUGCCUUAUUUGUAAAUGUAGGAUUUUUGUUUUGUUAAGAAUGUAGAAUAAAUAUAAACCUAUUUUCUAGAAAA